AUGGCAGCUAUAAGCUUGGGGCAUUCCGGCAUGCCGGAAGAAGAUGCCAUCAUGAGACUUUCGGAUUGGUUAUCCUGUGAGGUCAUCGGCAGCUUCUUGCGCCAGUUUCCGCAGAAACACCGCGUCGAGGCCGCGCGAUGUGCGUGCCGCAUUGGGGUGCUGUGCCUGUGGGGAUGGACGACGAGUCAGAAGCAGUGGAGCCUUGAGGAUCUCCUGGAGGUGACCGCGUCGAUCAAUCCCAAUGGCUCCAACGGUGUGCGACCACCGUCGCCCAGAGCAGAGGCCCGACGAAGCGCAGCGCAAGAGGUGGUGACGCAGCCUUUUUCUUGGAGAAGCUGCAAAAGAAAGCCGACGCCGCUUUGGGAGUCGUGGGCAGCUCCGAGGGCCCCGCAGGCCCCGCAGGCUGAUGGGCGUGCCCCGUCAGAUCCCUCGAUGUCAAUGCCAGCGUGGGCAACUGGUCAGCCCACAAGUUGCCAACAUCAACCAGGUGCGUAUUACAGACGCUUCAGCAGCUCGCGGCAGGGCAGCGAGGAGGCGCUGCAGAACCAGAGGGCAAUGAGGUCUCCUGCAACGUCCUCCAGGGUGCCGGUGCGAACUGCGGGGAGUGCAAACCUCUUGAGACGGCGGGGUACAAGCCAAGACUCUGGCCCUCCGUCUUCGGCUCCUGCUAGCGCGAAGGAUCUUCACAUGCGCCCGGAUGGCUCAGCCUCCUCCCUCCCCGAAGCGCAGAACUCGGUGCAAACCGCAGUGCCCAACCGCACGGCCAGUGGUGACGACUUUCACUACAGCGCGGCGGGGGACAGUCCCCACCGUCCCACGAGCUCGGGUGCAGCGGAUGGGGGCGCAGGCAGUUGGGAUUCAGAGAGUGUCUACGACGAUGAAGAGGCCUUCGCUGGGAGGCACAGCUCCCGGGGCUUACAUGCUGCAGCCGAGAAGAGCCCUAUGAGGCCCAGCUCGCUGGCUAUGAGCCUGCUGAGGCAGCCGCAUGUGAAGGCGCAAAGGAAUUCGCCCAUCAGCAAGGCUGAACCAGUCGAAAUCGCAGACUCGGACGCGGGCUGGGGUGUGGAUGGCAUAUUACCAUCCAACAGGGAGGAGGUGCUGAAGAAACUGAAGCCAUCAGAGAGGAGACGACGCAGGAAGUUGUUGGCUCGUGAGGCUGUGACAGCCGCAGCUCUCAUCAUGCUGCUGAUCAGUUGUUCGGUCGGUAUUCAGCUGGUGAUGGUGGAGUAUGUCAUGACGGGUACAUGCGCCCUGCCAAGUGCGUGUGCAGGUGCUCUUGUAACUGUGCUGACGCUGCUCAUGUGUGGUGUCAGAAGAGUUCUGCGGCUGCCGAGUCGGCUGCUGUGUGGUUCCUGCAAACGACUGAUGGCCUGCUGUGCCCGGCGGCGCUCAGAGGCUCCAUCGAUACAUGCGAGCUUGCCUGAUGCGGCAAUGCUGGAGGUGGUGGAAUUCCUUGCGUUCGACAGCUUGUGUACCUUUGGCAGCGCAUCUAGGAAGAGUCAAGACUUCGUCAACAGCAGCCACUGCAUCAACAUCUUGAUCAACGAGGUUCAGCGGCAUAGCCUGCAGGAACCCUGGCAGGAGCAUUUGGAGCAGCUGAAGGAGGUCAAGGAGGUCGGCCUUGCUGGUGCCGAGGGCCCUGCGAGUUCUGCUUCGCCAAGCACCAAGCACAGUGCAGAGGUCAAGUCUGUCGUCCAAGAGCUUCGGCAUUUCAUUUGCAAGCAGCUCUUGAGGAACGCUGCGAGCGCCAGUGCGAAGGAAAGUGCAGAGCAAUUGAAUGCCAUUUCUGACUUUGUUCGUUUCUGCAUGCUGAUGGUUGGCUGGUUCUGGUUUUCGGCAGAGGUGAUGGACAUGGCCUGCCUUGACACCACCGGCUUUUGGCACAUCCUCAAGGCUGUCACGUCGCCUGUCCUUUUCCUCUUUAUCCUGGAAUCGGACCGCAGCCAGCUCCACUGGCAGAUCGUUGCCGGGCUAAUUGCGGGAUUUCUCCUGGUGAACCUGCUGAAGGGCUGACACUCUCUUGACCAGGCACGCAGGACAGCAGUAGGAAGUUAUCGCGCGCAGCUGCGUGCAAUGAACGGAGAUGUGUGUGGGGCCGACUCGUUUUUGCGCACGUGUUAUACAUGCGCAACGCGUGUAGCCGUG